AUGUCUCGCAGUACGCUCCUUGUCAUUGCUGCUCUGGUAGCGCAAGAAUGUUCGGCGGUACCAGUGGUGUUGCCCACCUCGCUUUUCCCCAGCUUCACCGCGACUGGUAUCGCCAUCCCCUCUGGGGCUCACCUUGAUAUCCCCAAGAGGGACGAGGAUCUGCCUCACCUGCCUCUGCCUACUGGACUGCCUGGCAUCCCAAGAGACAAUGAGAAGAGAGAUGAGGAUUUUCCUCAUCUGCCUCUGCCUACUGGGCUGCCUGGCAUCCCAAGGAAUGAGAACUUUCCUCACCUCCCUCUGCCCACAGGUCUGCCUGGUAUUCCAAGAGAUGAGGAUCUUCCUCACCUUCCUCUGCCCACAGGCCUGCCUGGUAUCCCACGGGACAACGAGAAGAGAGAUGAGGAUUUCCCUCACCUGCCUCUGCCCACUGGGCUGCCUGGCAUCCCAAGAGAUGAGAACUUUCCUCACCUCCCUCUUCCAACAGGCCUCCCUGGCAUCCCAAGGGAUAAUGACAACAACAAGCGGGCUGAAGACUUCCCUCACUUGCCUCUACCCACUGGCCUCCCUGGCAUCCCACGGGAAAACGAGAAGCGAGACGAGGAUCUCCCUCAUCUGCCUCUGCCUACUGGGCUGCCUGGCAUUCCAAGAGAUGAGGAUUUCCCUCACCUCCCUCUGCCCACUGGCCUCCCUGGUAUCCCACGCAGCAAAAACGACGAGAAGAGAGACGAAGACCUCCCGCCUUUCCUCCCCAGCCUGUCUCUUCCAUUCCCUCUCCCAACAGGCGCUGCGAAGGAGGCCAGGGCGGACGACGAGCUGCCUCAUCUUCCCCUGCCCACUGGUCUCCCCGGAAUCCCAAGAGACAGCGAGAAAAGGGACGAGGACCUGCCUCACCUCCCCCUCCCAACCGGUCUGCCAGGCAUUCCACGAAGCAACAACGACGAGAAGCGCGACGAAGACCUGCCUCCUUUCCUCCCAAGCCUCUCCCUCCCCUUCCCCCUCCCGACCGGCGCCGCGGCCGCCAACAAGCGAGACGAAGACCUGCCCCCCUUGCCACCUCUGCCCACCGGCCUCCCCGGCAUCCCGCGUAACAAUAACAAUAACGACAAGAGGCAAGAGUUCUCGACCUCCAUUCCGGCUUCGAUCGCGACCCUCUCCGAGCCCACGGGCUCGUCUCUGAUUCCCAAGAGGGAGAUUCCUACCUUUACCGCCCCGACGGGCCCCGUGCCUACUGGUCCGGUUCCCACUGGGCCUGUGCCUAGUGGGCCUGUGCCAACCGGUCCUCUGCCUAGCGGGCUGCCGACGGGCUUGCCUGGGGGUCUGGCUCCUCCUGCUUCUCCCGGUGGAUUGAUCGUCCCUGACAGGGUCUGA